CAGAUCGUCUCUCUUUUUGUUAUUAUUGAACUCUGUUCAUGAACUCGGAUCUGUCAUAUUCAUCUUGACUCAGAACCAUCACGACCAUCGACGUUCAGCAUGCAACAGGCCACUUUACCGACGAGCGCGACCCAAGCAAAGGAUCGCCAUUAUGCUCAGUUGGGCAAUAGUCUCCAGAGGUUAUCUCAGGCAGUUGGACAGACCGCGGACCUCUCGGAACAUUUAAAGGUUACGCUGGAUGCUAUGAAAACUCUUGCUGCCAAUCAUGCCGCUCAAUUCAUGACGGUCGCUGCGGAGUUGAACCCUGAUCCUGAGACGGACGAAGCAAAGUAGUUAUUCUAUGAAAGGGCUCUCCGGGUUCACCGCCGUGCAUCAUAAAGAUGUCUUCAGGCGCGUCGAAGGCCAGCUUUCAAGCUGUACAACGCGCCUCAGCGAUCUGCACUGAUGCGAACAGGGAAUCUCCGUUUCCUGAAGGGCUGGACUGUGUUUGCAGUUGACUUUGCCGUACGACAGAUGAGACUGUUCAUUGAAUGGACGCGCUUCUUGAGCGACUAUCUCAUGUAAGGUGGACGGUCUGCACUAUCAAUGAGAAGAGAAGGUAGUUUUCCCCGGCGAACUCGGACUACAAUACAUCUCUUUACAACGGCAUGAGACUGAGGUGCCCUUGCAGCACUUGGCAGAGAUGUGUUUACUCUCUGGAACGAUAGCCAUGUGUUCUCUCCGAGUAGCCCGCGCCGUGAUAGAUCUUCAUGUGCGAGCC